AUGACAUCGAUACAAGAUAUAGCUAAAGUUCUAAAUCACAAUGACAGAGCAGGUAUUAUACGUCUAUUAGGAGUAAGACCUGAAUAUGACUACAGAAAUAUCCCUGAAGUCUUAAUUGGAGAUCCUGAUGAUGAUCUUUGGGUAAAAUAUGGACACUCUGAAGGAGGUGUUCCUGCAGUAGCGAUAGAGAAAGGAUGGCAUUAUAAAGGUUAUGAAGGAAAUUGGAAUUGGAGUGAUAGCGUCUUUGAAUUUACGUCAAACACUAUGGGGGACAGUGACUGGGAUUCGAUAGAUGAUGCUCUAGGAAGUUGGGGUUACUUCCGCACUGAUUAA